GAGAGCUCCACGAGACCGAAAUCACCCGAACCCCGCUCCGUGUUUUCCCGUCGCUUCCCUCGUAUGCACGCGGUGAGGGAGGGCGUUUGUCUGUGGGCGGUUACAAACGCUGCGUGAUUCACAAACCUUAUUUGUUCGUACUACUUUGAGCGCCAUCUUGUUUGUAACUCUUCUACGUAAGUGGUAGAGUUUCUACUGAGGGGGGUAUCGGAUUACCCUCUUUUUUUUCUCCUUCCUCCCCCCUACCCCACCCUCAGCUUCAGACCGGGAACCUCUCCCUGUGGCAGGCUGUACGCACAGGCGCGUCUGCUUUACAGCCUUUUCUCCGAAAAAAAAGUAUUUUCAAGCGGACAGAAAUGAGCAUCGAAACGCUUCUGGAAGCGGCUAAGUUUUUGGAAUUUCAAGCCCAGCAACAACAGAAAGCACGUGAGGAUGAAAAGGAGAAGCUGCGUCUGCAGCACCUGAAAGAGCAGAGCCACCCUAAUGUGAACUCCACAAUCCACAUCAACAAUGUUUCUAAAGCAGAGGAGCUCCACAUGGAGUCCCGUCCCCCACCCAUACCAUCAGCUCUGUCACCUCCCUCCGUCCCCAUUACAGUCAUCCCGAUACCUGUGGUCACCCCCAACCUUACAGGCUCACCUACUCUACCUGUUACCACGCUCUCCCCUCCUGCUGCUCCUCCACUGGCCUCCCCAAAGACAGACUCUCAUCCCCCUCUGGAGCAAAGUGCAGCAGCUCUACUCUGGUCUCCACAGCCCAAACCUGACACCCAAACCAUGGUGACUGCCAACCACAAGCAGCCGAUACAAAACCACCACCUUCAGCCGCAGCUCGUCACCCAAACCAACAACACUAAACUACACCAGCAGCUGGUUCAGCGCUAUCCGGGUACCAUCGUCUCGCCCAUACAGCAGCAAGCCUUACUGCCCCAUUCAGGCCCUGUGCUUCAGCAGGCCCCCCUGCACAAUGGCCCCGUCAGCCGGGGAAGUCCUCCUGAUGACAGUCGCCAGCUAGACAGCAAGAAGAGGCCUGGAGGGGCUGGUACAAGAGAGGUGCAUAACAAACUUGAGAAAAACAGACGAGCACACCUGAAGGAGUGCUUCGAGACGCUGAAAAAGAACAUCCCGAACAUUGAUGAGAAGAAAACCUCCAACCUGAGUGUCUUAAGAAGUGCACUGAGAUACAUUCAGACAUUAAAGCGCAAAGAGAAGGAGUAUGAGCACGACAUGGAGCGUCUGGCCAGAGAAAAGAUCGCUACCCAACAGCGACUAGCAGAGCUGAAGAAUGAUCUUAGCCAGUGGAUGGAUGUGAUCGAGAUCGACCGCAUCCUCCGACAGACAGUGCAGCCGGAGGAGGACCAAGCUUCAACCUCCACAGCCUCGGAAGGUGAAGACAUCAUGGAUGACGAUCUGGACGAAGAGCCUGCACCAAGAGCACCCACUGCCUUACCCACCGUGCCUCAAAUCAUGAAACCUGAGCUGCACACAACUGCAACACCUACUCAAGUCCCAACUGUGAUGCCCACCACCACUACCUCCUUCACCACCCCACACAACCAGCGCAAAGCCCCUCAGCACCAGCCUCAGUCGCUACCAGUGACUCCCCCACAGCCACUGUCUAAACCUGCAGCUCCACCAACGCUCACUGCCACUACAUCCAGCACACCUUGUCAGCUGUCAAAUCCCACCCAGACGCAGAUGGUGACCACACCCAGUCUGCACCCCACAGUUAUUGCUCAUGCACCAGUGUCCCACCCUUCGGUCAUCCAAGUGAUCCCAAGUCAGAGCUCCAAAAACAUCGCCCAGCUGGGUCCCUCCACCACCACCAGCUCUGUGCAGUUAGCCCCCGGCCACCAGCCCAUCAGCCACAUAACCGUGCACCCAGUGGCUCACCUGAGCCAGCAUUUACCCACUCUCUACUCUCAGCCGGUGGCUGUCACACAGCCGGCCGUGGUCGGUCACAUCACUCAAACAAUAAACCAUGCUCAUGUGAACGGCAGUGCGCCUGCACAGCCAGCUGCCACCAUUGUUGGUAAGCAGACAGCAGUGAGCACCCAAAUGAUGGCUCACCACCCGCAGCUAGUGGGUCAGACGGUGCUCAACCCUGUGACCAUGGUAACCAUGCCCUCCUUUCCCAUCAGCACUCUGAAGCUGGCCUGAACACUGCCAACAGGACCACUGAGCUCCAGACUGUGAUCCCCAUGACAGGGGUAAAGUGAUGGAGGGAUGUUAUUCCCCCAUGUUAACAAAGUGACCAAAAACAAGUCCCUGUUCUUAACCUUCCACCUUCUUGUGUGUUGGUUAGUGUUGUGGGAGCACUCAAUGGGCCACCUCCCUGCGGUGAACCACGGGCUUCAUACCAGGCCAUUGACAAGCCAACCAUGUGUGCAGGAGAGCUGCUGGAGACCCUUCUGCUCUGUUUAAUUCUCACUUAAAAGCAUUAAAGUGGACACAAAGCUGGGAACAAUCCUAAAACUCCUUCUAGACCAGACUACCACAACUUCUAAGAUAUAACAGGCUGCAUGUGACUGACGGUCAUAAUGUCGUGUUUGUGUUGUACACAGUGGGCUGAUGUGCAGUUUUUGACCUUCACCUGCCAUCCUUCGGUGUUUUAAAGUGAGGCAGUGCGUAUUUUUACAGAAGCUAGAAAGAAACAGCCUCACAUGGGAAAAUGUCGAUCUGCUAUUAUAGAGUCCAGACAGUGUAGGAGCAGAGUGCUGGCCCGCCAAACCCAGCGCACGGAGAAUGUGGUUCAGAGGAGCCCCUCCUCUUCAGCAGCAGCACAUGCUGUAAGGUUGGAGCCAAAUCAUGGACUGCACUUAGCCGCCUGAGCAGGAGCUGCAGUCCUCGGUGAUGGUGCACACAGCAACAGCUCCCCCUGGUGGCUGUUUGUGUUCAUAGUCAAACUACCACCUCUGCAACAAUGACACAAUUCUUCCAGUGAAGUAAAAUGAUGAUAUCACAUCAGAGUGGCUGAAAAAAAAAAAAAAAAUAUAUAUAUAUAUAUAUAUAUAUAUAUACAGCUUUGUCAGUUCUAGGCCUAGCCAGGUUGCAGGGUGUCUCAGGAGCUUGUCUCUGCCUUUAGCGAGUAAUGUUCUGUUGACAGAUUGCAGCCAAGAUGACAAUCAGCACCUCGAAUUUUAAGGCUCAAGUGCUCAAUCAGAAAAGGGUGGAUUUCUCAUUUCUGCCUCAAGUGAAUGAGUUUAAGUAUCUCAGGGUCUUGUUCACAAGUGACAGACUGACUGGUCCAGCCACCGCACCAAUCAGUGGUCUGCUGUGGCAAAGAGACAGCUGAGCGCUAAGGCAAAGCUAUUCAUUUACUGGUUGAUCCACUGUUCUACCCACAAACUGUGGUUAGCAACUGAAAAAAAAUAUGAGAUCACUGAUACAGGUGGCGUGAAUGGGCUUCUUUCUAGGCUGUCUUGCUUAGCCUAGACAAGUUGAGUAACUCAUCAUUUAAGAGGAGCUGAGUCAGAUGAGGUGGUUUGGGCAUCUGAGUAGGAUGCCUCUAAGGUGAACGGUUUCAGGCAUGCACAACCAAGAAGACACCCGAUGGCAAAUCCAGGACAUGAUAUCUCUCAGCUUGCUUGGGAAAGCCUUGGUGUCUCCCACACUAGAGGAGUGAGGUCUGGAUAGCUCUGCUUAAACUGCUACCAGUGUCCAGAUAAGCAGAAGAUUGGCUGGAUUUAGUUUUUAGUGUUUAAAGGACAAUCAGAUUGUUACUUAUUUCUAGUAUCUGUCCUUCAAACAUACUGGUGAUUGUACACUGAGCACAAAUACAAGUUAGUGUUUUAGGAUAAAACAGUUUGUGUCACAGCUGCUAAUGUAUUUUAAAUAUUUUUCUUUUUGCAGAGUAGGAUUUGUAUCUACAUCUAUAUGACCCCCAACCCCAGCAGAGGCGAGUUUAUAUGCGCUGUGAGACUUAAAUACCAUGAGGUAAAGGAUGUGAAUCUGAAUACAGAAAGGUCCAUAAAAUAUAGUGAAGUGUGUCUAUGCUGUCUUGUAGUGCAUAUGGUAGUAGGGUGUGUGUUUGCAUGCCAUUAAUGCAUGCCAUGACUGUACUAAUGUAGUGAUCACUAUGAAAGCAAGGACCUAUAGCAGUGCUCCCCGAUGAGCUUAUGAACUUCAUUACGUUACUAUAGGAGUGUGUAGGAUUUCUGACACAUUUAAAAUUCUGUCAUCCAUAAAACUGGGGACAAGUAUCUGUACAAAGCGACAACAACAGAUGACUUUAAUGUGUUUAUUCGAGGCACCCUCUUUCCAAAGCUGGCACUGUGAACAUUUAAAAAGUAGUCUCAAUGAACAGCCAACCUGCAGUUUAAUGCACUGUGCUCUCUGAAUUUAAUCUGAAUGUACUGAUCUGUGAAAACAUUUGGAGUGUCGAAACAGGAGUCGAGCCCUUUUUAGAAAUGCAGUUACUUUAUUAAAGUGUAUGUAAAGUGUAACAUUAGAAACCUGGUUUUGUAUUUUAAGAUUUACUGUCGCUUGUAUCAUCACCCCUCGUUUGUUAAUUUUAUCAAAUAGCUUAUUUUCUGGGACCAUGUACAGUGCUGUAUGUGAAGGGGCGAUCACUACAUUCAAUCACAUUUGGCCACUUGUUUAAAUUAUUCACCCCUUACAUGUUUUUGUAUUUUGCUCUGAUGCAAUACGUUGUUUCCUUGCCAUCUCUUAGAUUUCACACAAACAUCUGGGAUAAAUGGCAUUUUGAAAUCGUUUUGCAGAAAAACAAAAUGCAUAAACGUUACCAGAUACAGAUGCUUGAAGAAGCAAAAAUAUACCUGUGUUUUCCCUAUGGAGAAAGUUUACAUUGUAUAUAGCCUGUAAAUGUUGGGCUGCAUUUAGAUCUAUCUGUAUUAAGGUAAAUGCUUGGGAAAAUAUGUAAAAAUUAAAAUUUAUAAAAAAGAUACUUAAUAAAUUGU